GUAGCCCUGUCUCUGCUUGCCAUAUGAAUUGGCGCAAUUUUGGCAAACAAAACUAAACAAAAUAGAAAUAGUCUAGCAACGGGCAAGGUAAUUGGUUGAGUCAAGUACAAAUUGCAUCAAAUACAGCCAGCGACCUUCAAACAACAAACGGUGUGCAUUGAACGCAGGGCGUAGCCUGCGUAUUUUGCGUUUGUUUUAGCAGCAAUCACAAGAGCAACCUCAACUCAGGCAGGCAACAAACCAAACAACAAUGACGACAACGACGCCUACACUGCAGACUCGCAUGGCACUGGCCGAAAUACCGGAUCGCCUGGAGGCGCUGCGUGUGGCGAAUACACCCACCAACGCCAAUCGACGGACACCCGAUGAACCAACGCCCGCAGCCACAGUCAAUACACCAAAUAACGGCGGCGGCGGCCUGGGGCUUCGAGUAGACAACAUGAAUGUGGGACAGGAGCAGGACUUAAUUUUUGCGCCGUUGCCCUCGCCUGAUGAGCUAAUCAUACGGCAGCGCGGACGACGCCGCCUCACAACGACGUUCUCACCGGACAAGCUCAAUGGCGUCGGCAUUGGCAUCGGUGGCAGCAGCAGCGGCAGCUCAAUACGCAGUCCCUUUCAGCGAACACCAACGAAAAAUCUGCAAUUAACCAGUGGCAUGAUACUGCGCAGCUCACCGCGUAAACGCCUAACCAUGGGCAGCACACCACCGGAACCGACACCCAUCGAAACGUAUUCACCCAUCAAACUAACCAGCACAAAGCAACAACUGUGGCCAGGCACACCGAUUGUGAAGAAGCUGAAAAUGGAUGAUCGUCCUGUGGCGCAGACAAACAGCGAUGUGCCGCUGCCAGAGCUGCUGCAGGGUCUGUCCCAACAGCAACUCAUCGACUUGAUCAUGUGCAAUAUCAAACAGGAAACGCCAACAGCCACACAGAGUGCCGAGGAGCAGAUACGCGCACAAUUGCCCACGCCAGACAUCAGUUUGCUGGAGCAGGAGCUGCAUUAUGCUAAGCGGCUGAUAUUCAAGUCGCUGCCCACAUCGCGACUGUGCAAGAAAACUGACGCCGCUGCAUACUCCAAGGCUGCCAUACAUCUAAACGAGUUUAAGCGCGUACUGCAAACGCAAGCGAAGCGUCUGCACGAUUCAACGCACUGGGAUGCCCUGGUCGACUAUGUGAGCAUGGCCUGGCAGUGUGUGGCCAGCACGCCGAACUGGGAAAGCAAUUCACACAAUGCUGUGCGAAGGCAAUGCUUUAAGCUGUUGGCAUGUUCCUGUUAUGCGGCCAUCAAGCAUGGAGGCAUGCGGCUGGGACAGACGCGACUGGAAACACUCGAGCGCAACUUACGUGAAUGGUCGAAGGACUAUGAGGAUGUGCUGUCGUGUGUUAAUGCCUUACAGCGUACGCUGAAUAGCCGAACCAGCUUAUAGAACCAAUCAGCCAACGGAGAGGUGGGAGACUACAUAUAGACUUAAGGCCGACUUGCUGAACUCGAGGUUUAGUGGACCGUGUUUAGACGUUUAAGCAAGCAACAAACUAUACAUAUAUAUUUAUCUAGGAGUCAAGCAACGAUAUUUGCCAUUUUCGUAUAGGCAUUACAUAUUUUAAUUUGUUCAUGUUUUGUUUAUUAUUGUUUGUAUUAUGUGCAUGCCACAUCUGAUUAUGAUAGCUGCCGAUUCAGCCGCAAUUAGUUAAGCGAAUUAUAUAUAUAUAAAUACUAUACCACAAAUGAAUAAAAUAAAGCAUGUAAACUACCAAUUGUACAACCAAUAUGCAUAGAUGAGAGAGAUGCAUUCAUCUCACUUAAAAAAACAUUAAACCC